UCUCUCUCUCUCUCUCUCUCUCUCUCUCUUCUCACAAAACAUACCCAAACCUAACCUUCUCUCUCUCUCUCUCUCUCUCUGUGUUUCGCCGGAGCUAGGGUUUCCUCAAUCUUAAAAUCCAUGGCUGACUCAUCCAGAACAAAGGCAGCUACGGGAACUUGCCGACCACCGAGCCGGCUUCAGCGUCGAGCUCCGGCUUCCCUCCAAAUCAGUCCAGUUUCAGAUUGGAACAUCGCGAUCCCACUCCUAUCUCCGCUGGUAUCUCCCACGUCGCCUAAGGCCAUAGAACGGACGGUGGAGAUUAAAUCAAGGGAGGAGCAUCGGCAUCAUCAUCAGAGCGCUGAGCCGGAGAAGCCGGCGGCAACGGCGGUGGCGUUCAAGAAGUGGCAGCAUCCGGCAGCUCCUUUUUGCUACGAUAAAGCUCCUUUGAUUCGGCCAUUUGUACCGGUUUAGAUUUUAGAGGGAUUCCGGAUUUGAUAAUGUUAUUAGGCUGUGAUUGACAUAUAUUUUGUGUAAAAAAAAAAAAAAUGUUGAUUAUUAUGAUGGAAAAAAAAAAUUAUAUAGUAAUUAGAUCUGACGGUGGAUGUUGAACGAGUUUAGUCACCAAACAUGCACAUGAAUUUUUUGGGAAUUGUAUCUAUUGCACGAGAGUUUCUGAUUU